CAUGUUUUUCCUUGUGAUUUCUUGAAAAGUAACUAGGACUUCGUUCAAGGUUUAUUAUUUUUUAGUGUACUUCAUUUUCAAAGUAUAAUACCGCCUAAUUGCUUGAACAGUUUAGCUGGAAAAUGUUGAAAACAAAGCAAAUGAGAAAUAUUUUUCAACCCAUAGAAAAAAAAAUUAUAAAAUUAUCAGAACUCGUGAAUAAUAAUGCUUUAGAACGUACAGAUGAAACGAUAACUGAAUUGAAGAAAAGUAUUCUUGAUCAAUUACAAACUCUGUCAAAUAAACUUGAUCAUAUUUCCGAUGAAAACAUUGAUAAUUAUGGCGAAUUGAAAAUAAAUAUCACCUCUGUAAUAGAAGAUUUUUGUACUAUCAACUUUGGUGAAAAAAUAAAUGUUGGAGCACAUCAUUGUAACAAUCAAUUAUUUACAGCUGUAAUUGAACAAUUUUUACAUGUGUUACAAGAAUUAGAGAAGUUUGAAACUUGCCCAUUUAAACAUAGAUUAAAAGAGUGUAUAAAAUCUGUAAAAGACAUGGGAGCUGCUCAAAAAAUAGAAGAUUUGACAAAUAUUAAAGAAUUAGGAAUAUGUAUUACUGAUAUCGUUAAAAUGCUCCUUCCUUAUCAAAGGAAUUUAAUAUCACAUCUUCUAUCUGAAAGACUAGCAUUAUAUUGCAAUCAACUGUAUGCAUCAUUUAGUUUAUUAGUCUUAGUGGUGAAAGAACAAUAUCAUAUUUGCAAACCUAUUCAUAUGUGUAAAAAAUAUGUAUGUGAGCGUAUAUGUAUUUGUUUGGAAUCAAUUAUAAAUAUCUUAGAUUCUUCCCAACCUUCUGAAGAGGAAGAGUCUGAUGAAAUAGAGCAAAAUUUUGUGUUUAGGCUAGAUAUGGUACUAGAUAUGAUUAAAAUUUUAUCAGAAAAGUCUGCAAAAGAACAGGUUGAAUAUUGUAAAGAGCUGUGGUUAGGAAUUGAAGAUGUGUUCACUCAUGCAAUGUCAAUAGCCCAAAUUUGUCAACCAAAUAGUUUCAAUGCAAUCACUGGUAGUUGCCAAGCAGUAUUGACUGAAUAUGAAAAUUUGAAAAGGCAGCUUCAGUCAGAUCCAACAGAUCAAAUAAUGAAUAAUUUAUUUAUAAAUACCUUAACAGAUGCUCUUUAUCGUCUAGAGCAAAAGAUAAAUAUUUCAGUUUUAACAUUGGUCAUGGAAGUUUUUGAGGACCCUUUCAAAAAAUUGAAAAAAUUAAUACAAGUCUGUGGUACAACUUUAAAUGAAAGAGAUAGAAAAAAAACCGAUUUAUCAACUGUUAUUGAAGAAUUUGAUCAAAUAGUAGAUAAGUCAGUGCAGAUUGGAAAAUUUGCAGUAGCUUGCUGUAGAGAUGGAAAGAAAAAUGCAAAAAUUAGAAAUUGUUUAGCGAGCUUUGAAUCAUUAGAGAUGGAACUGAUUCCUGCCACUAUUGCAUUUUACUUACAUCCAACAAAUCAAGAAAUGCAAUCGUGCGUCAAACUUUUGACAAAUCAAUGGCAAGUUGAAAUGAAUGAUUUUCAUCACAACAUCAAUUUGAUAAUUGAUCCAGCUGCUUAUUGCCAAAUUAUUCUUGAUGACUUACAAAUGCGGAUUGAUGAACUAUCAAGUUGUUUAGAUGAUCAUCAAGAUAUAUCUCAGUCACAAGUUAAAAUUAUAGUCCAGCGGGCUUUAUCUUUAUCUAAACAAGUAGAUGCAACAGUAGAAGAUUUAGGACAAGCAAAUAUUAAUAAAUAUACAGCUAUGAUAAUGCGUGAAUUCAAAGCUGCCAUAUAUGAAAGUGAUGCUGCACUAAAAAAAUUUCUCACACGUAAAGCAACACCAUCAGAACAACUUAGAGUUAUUAAACGAUGUGACUUGAUGCUGAAAGUAAUAAAAAGAUUACUUCCUGCACUGACCACUAUUAUCAAUAACUCUAUUACAAGAAGCAGUUGCACUAAAGAACCAGCAGAAAAACAAGAAAAUUUAAAUGAUUCAGGCUUUACACAAUUAAAUUUUCCAUCAAACAUCAAUAAGCUAACUUUGGAUGAAAAUUCUAUGCUAUACAUUAGGACUCCAUACUCUGUAAAAACUUGUAAAAAGCCAAUUACUAUUCAGUCUGCAAAUAUUACACCAAGAAAUGAAUCUGAUGUUUCUAUUUUGGUGCCUUAUAUUCGAAAUGGUCAGUUAAUACGUAAUGAAUGGUCAGUCAUGUAUAAAACUCCAAGUAAAUCCAAACCAAAUAAACAAGUACUGCAUACAUCUGUGAUGAGAAAAAAUGUAUUAAGUUUCAGACAACAUUUAUUCAGUAGAGAUACUAUUCUCAAAAAUGAUUCAACAGAUACCACUUUUUUCAGUUUUGACUUGUCCAGUAUGUUAGAAGGAAUUUCUAAUCUGUCUGAUACAUUUAGUUGAUAUAUAGAAAAUGAAUUUCUAAUUUUCAAGAAUAUAGCUCUUACAGAUAGUUUGAUCUGUAGCCAAUAUAUUGUUUUCAUCAGUAUAUGUAUAAAAAAUACGUAUAAUUAUGUUCAAAUUGAUUAAAAAAAUUGUAUUAAAUUUUAUCAACAAACUUGUUUGUAAGAAGUUGAAUAUAUUCAAACUGUAAUGCAAGUUUACUUGAGCUUCUUUUAUCAAUCGAGCAUAAAAAAAUGCGAGCAAUGAUAUCCAUGUAGAUCGGAUUAUGUAUAUUGUAUUUUGAAAUUGUUGAGAAAAUUAAUAUCUCUAACAAUUAUAUUUAUAUUGAACGUUCUAAAAACAUAAUUACAAGAACGCAAUGGAACGAUGGUAAUUUCUACACAGUCAGGUUUCAGAAACAUAUAUUUUUUUAAAUUUAUUUAAAUUUUUUCUACUAUGUUAAUUAAUUUUAAAAACUUCGGAUAUAGAUCCAAAGCUUUUUUUCUAGCUACCAGGGCG